CAGGCUGAGGCUCUGACUAAACCAGGGCAGGUCCGGAAAGGAGGGGGAGGCAGGGGCGAGGUCGGCGGAGGACAGCGCGGAGCGCAGGGAGGGCGAAGGCUUCGGAGCCACUGGGCCGACUCUGCGACCGCGCGGCACCGCACAGCCCUGCAUCGCCCGCACGGGUCACGCACGAGCUGUUUUCCAGCAGCAGCCCCUCCCGCGCGCGCUGCGGAGGCGGAAGCACUUCCCGCGCGAAACACGCACGUUCGUGCUUGGUCACUGCACUUCCAGCCGCUUCGAGCGCGCCAUCUCGCUCGUUCCCGCAGAAACCCCGGAAGACAAGCGCCCCGAACUCGGAUCGCAGGGCCUCCGGGCCGCCUCCGCUUCUCUCGGCACUCGAGGCCCGCAGCCGGAAGGCAGCCGGGCCACAGGGCGUGGCGGCCGCACCGCGCACCGAGCGCACGCGGCUGGGACGCGCGCCUGGGCCGGGCCUUGUCGUGUCUGGCCGCCCCGGGAAGCGGAGGGUCCGGGCGCCCACAGGGGCCGGCCUGCGGGGCGGGUCAAAGGGCGGCCCCGCCCUCCGCGCCCUGGCCCGCCCAGGGCCGCCCAGGCCCGCCCCCGGCACCCGCCGGCCGAACCCAUUGCGCACGCGCGCCACGGGCCUCGGGGACGGGGUAGCAACAAGGCCACGCGGAGCCUCUGUGGCCAAUCAGCGGCCGGGGGCGGGGCUUUCCGCACGCCCUGGACGCGGCGGGUGACUUCCGGCAAUAAUCCCAGACGCGUCGGCUUCAGGUGCGGACUGAGGCGGGGCGCGCCAGGGGCGGACGGGGCUUUGGCGUUCGGGUUGGGCACUGGGACAGUCUGGCGGACGUGCCGGGAGAACUAUGCCAUUUUUGGGUCAGGACUGGAGGUCUCCUGGAUGGAGCUGGAUUAAAACAGAAGAUGGCUGGAAAAGGUGUGACUCCUGUAGUCAGGAACUUGAAAGAGAGACUGACCAGUGCAGCCUCAGCCACAACAUUAUCCUGAAUAGUGAGAAUGAAGAAGUUUUCAGUAACGAAGAGCAUGAAUAUGCAUCCAAGAAAAGGAAAAAGGACCAUUUUAGAAAUGAUGCAAAUUCUCAAAGUUUUUAUCGUGAAAAAUGGAUCUAUGUCCAUAAAGAAAGCACAAAAGAAAGGCACGGCUACUGCACCCUGGGAGAAGCCUUCAACCGGCUGGACUUCUCGAGCGCCAUCCAGGACACCCGGAGGUUCAACUAUGUGGUGAAGCUGCUAGAGCUCAUUGCAAAAUCCCAGCUAACGUCACUGAGUGGUGUGGCACAAAAGAACUACUUCAACAUCUUGGAUAAAAUUGUUCAAAAGGUUCUCAGGGACCACCACAAUCCUCGCCUCAUCAAAAACCUCCUGCAGGACCUGAGCUCCACCCUCUGCGUUCUCAUCAGAGGGGUUGGCAAGUCCGUCUUGGUGGGGAACAUCAACAUCUGGAUUUGCCGGCUGGAGACCAUUCUGUCCUGGCAGCAGCAGCUGCAGAACCUCCAGAUGGCAAAGCAGGUGGACACAGGGCUCACCCUGGUGGACCUCCCUCUGCACAUGCUGAGCAACAUCUUGUACCGCUUCUCGGACGGGUGGGACAUCGUGACUCUGGGCCAGGUGACCCCCACACUGCACGUGCUCAGUGAAGACAGGCAGCUGUGGAAGAAACUGUGCCAGUACCACUUUGCUGAGAAGCAGUUCUGUAGACACUUGAUCCUCUCCGAGAAGGGCCACGUCGAAUGGAAGCUGAUGUACUUUGCCCUGGAGAAGCACUACCCAACCAAGGAGCAGUAUGGGGACACCCUGCACUUCUGCCGGCACUGCAGCAUUCUCUUCUGGAAGGACUACCACCUUGCUUUACUGUUCAAGGACUCUGGACACCCCUGCACUGCGGCCGACCCCAACAGCUGCUUCACGCCUGUGUCUCCCCAGCACUUCAUCGACCUCUUCAAGUACUGAGACUGCUGGCACCCGCCGUGACCAGAUGCAGCAAUCGGGGUUGGGGGACUGGCCAUGUCCUCCCCCAAGGCCUGCACUUUCAGAAAAAGCCGGAAAUAACGGGCAGUGUUCAGGGUGCUGAGCCUGGAAGCACGGGCUGGGUUUCCACCUUUGAGGGGGUCGGGGGAUGCAAGCAAAUCAUUUCAUUUCUUUCCUUAAAACUUGUAAGCAUACUGAAAUUUGUAAUUUUACAUAUUUUAUAAGAAUGGACCAAAAUAUUAGGGGUUUCAGCCCCACAUUCUGUGCUGAACUGACACAAAUGGCCAAGAAUAUGCUUCUUAAAUGUCAAAUUACAGCUUCCCAAUGUUCUGGUAAUUGGGGGUGGAGGUAAAACAGUUGAUCCUUGUAAAUACAUUGUGCAGAAUAUUUAUUUUUUCUUAAAAUGUAUUUUCACGAUGUCACUGGCCAUGUCCACAUGAGCCUCUCUGGAUACAAAUGGACCUGGAAGCUGUCAUUGUCCAGUGUCCUUGGGGCUAUGAGCUGUGCAGACCACCAGCAGUCAUGGCCAGGAACAGCUGGUGAUCACCAGAUUUUACUGUGUCGACUACUUUUAUAAACAAAAUGAUAAAUCGUGUGUCCUGACUGCAUUGUGGCUUUCCAUCAUGCUGAAAGAAACACUGUUAGUGAUUUUGAUAUCAUUUACUUAAGUCUUUCAAAGACUUUUAAAAUAAUACAUGUCUAUUUCAGAAAAUUUUGAAAACGGGUCUAUAAAAGAAAAUAAAAUUCAUCCAUAAUCAGA